AUGUUGCAGCGAACGAUUGAACUGGAGGCCGCUUUAGUGAAGUUUUUUGCGCAUCUGAAGCAGCCUGGAGGCCGCAAGGAGUUUAAGGGCGUUGGAAAGAAGUUGCGGCGCCCCAAAGCCGAGGAGUGGCUUACGAUCAAGUGUCUUCAAACGCUUCUAGGCCCAUUUGCUGUCGCUUCCGAAACGCUGGGGGGUCAGGCAUACCCUACAAUGCCGCUUGUUCUUCCAGCACUAUCAGGAAUUCGUAAGCACUUGGAGCGAACGGAUCUCUUCAGUGCCUUUGCAGCAGAAGCUGGAGAAGAGUCAUACGUUCCUGAGACGGUGGCGAAGAUGAACGAAUGCCGCAAAGUAAUGCUGGAGCUGUACGAGACACGAUUUAAAGAUGUGGAGAACAGCGAGCUUAGGUGGGUCGCCUUCUUGGAUCCGCGCGAGCAUCGAAACUUCAUGUAUCACCACAUGUUCGGCCCGGACAUCGUUCCUUCUGGGGCCUCGGACUUAACCACGGAGUGCACGAAGGAGUUCUCACGCUAUUUGGAAGCUAUUGCAAGAGUGAAAAGCACAGUCAUUCCUUUCACAUGGUGGCAAGUGAACGGCACCAACUACCCCAACUUGCGUAGACUGGCGAGGAAGUGGCUGGGUUCGGUGGCGACAAGUGUUCCAUCCAAACGAGCUUUUUCAACGAGCGGGAAUAUUUUGACUGUCAAACGAAGCUCGCUGAAACCUGACAGGGUGCGGGAUCUCGUUUUCCUCGCGGAGAAUUGGAAGGGUAUUAACGCUUUGACACCGCACAGAAGGAGUGGGGCUGCUUGA